CAGUGAGUGUGCUUAAAUACAACUGUAGGUAGCGCUCUUAUCUUCCUCUCUCCAGCAACUGUUCCUUAGUUUUCAUAAGAGUUUCUCCCUUCUGACGUCACAUACUGCAGAUCAGUGCUUGGUAGUCAUUAAUAACCCAGUCCUACCAAGGAGCUUCAUGUUCAGUGAUUGUUUAUGGACUUGGCUAGAUAAGACGACUCCUGUAACUCAGGAUUAUAUUUACAAUGUCAUGUUUUCGUAUUUUAAUGCUUUUUCUGUGGUCAUUUGUUGGUAAAGGUACUGAUGGGUGUAAGGAAUUGCAUGUGAAAGGCGUGUUACGCGGUCAAGUGGAGCUCCCAGGACACUUUACAAACAGUCAAGAUGUGCAAAUUGUGUCAUGGUCUAAAUAUACAACUGAAACUUCUUCAAAAUCUUUAUUAUUACAGACAGAAGGCAAUACUAGUGUGAACUACAGUCAAAAUAUUUAUUUUAGUAAACACAAUAUGAGUCUUACUUUGCUUAAUCUCACAGCAAAUGAUGAAGCCAUUUAUGAGAUACUAAAAGUAUUUAAAAACAGCACAAUAAUACGCUGUAACGUCUCAUUAACUGUGUCACUUCCUCUGGAUGCGUUACGGAUAGCUGUCUCCUCUUCGAACUUCACGCUGAAUUUGAGUUGUGAGGUGAAGGGGGAUUUUCUGCUCCUGCGCUGGCUAAAGAAUGACUUGCCCCUGCCAUUGGACCAAAGAGUCUCUUUCAGUGAGAUGAACACAAGCAUGCAGGUGUCAAACCUGACCAGUGCGGAUUGUGUGAAGUACACCUGUCAGGUUUCAAAUGCAAUUGAAAAGUCUGAAGCACAUAAGACAAUCACUGAUGAAAUCACUACAGUUUGUAAGAAAAAUGUUCUUUCUACACAUUUAUAUCAGAUAAUACUUCCUGCUGGUUUCAGUCUCAUCGGCAUCCUGCUUUUGUGCAUCAUUUUAGUCCUCAUCAAAAAGGGUUGCUAUAAUAAGGAUCCAUCUAACGGACAAAGUACAGAACCUGUGUAUGAGACGCCAGCAUUUCCUCAGGAAGGAACCCCUACAUCAGUUGUGAACCCUUUGGCCUAUGUCUACACAGACUUCAUAAAGCCGAGAAGUUUUCAGCAGCCUUCCGCUACAGAUGAAUAGACUUAAGACUCAGGCUAUUCCACAAUUCCAGAAGUUAAAAAGGACUUGGCAGCCCCCACAAAGUACAUUAAAUUAGUCUCCUCACAGGAGACAGAUGUGUGAGGUACUUUAUGCUGAACAAAGCUGAGCUGUUCAGUCUAACUACAGUUAAUUACAACAAACUAGAGUUCGACUGAAGGGAUGUGGGUUUAGGAUGAUGAAUGAUGUAAUUUUUUUACUCUGCUUCAGAUGUUAAAAUAUGUGUGUAGUUUAUCUAGUCUAACAG